CUGAUACAUUACAACUCAGAUUUUCCUUCCAAAUUCUGUUUGUUUUCCUUAAGCACUUAACAAAUAUAUAAAUGGCAAUUGCUCGUAUUGUUAUCGUGUUGACAAUGGCCUCGAGCCUUAUUUUCAUGGUCGCUGCCAAAUCUGGAAAAGCCACAUUCUACACCGACUAUUCUCAAUCGGCAUGCUAUGAAAGCAAGCAAGAAGGCACGAUGAUAGCUGCAGCAAACCCUAGAUUAUACGAUAAUGGGAAAGCUUGUGGGCAUAGGUACAAAAUACGGUGCACGGGCGGCACCAACCACGGCGACAAACCAUGCCGGAGUGGUCAUGUGACGGUGAAGAUCGUUGAUCUCUGCCCUGACUGCGCACAUGAUCAGCUUGACCUCUCCAAACAAGCCUUUCGGAAGAUUGGCAAUCUUGAUGCUGGCGUCAUUCGUAUUAACUAUGUCCGAGUGUAAGUGGGACCACCGAGUUAUAUUCACAAACUCCAAUUUCACAAAGAAAAAUAAGCUUUUCAAUUUCAGGGCGAUGUAUGUAGCUGUUGGUUUGAAUAAGGGAGGCGGUUUCCUGAAGAGAUUUUUGGAAUCGACAAUAUUCCGGUUGGCUUUAGACAAGACCCAUUUGGAUUUUCUAGUUACCAGUCAUGUUGUGUACUUGUAAUUUAUUAGUGAUAAUAAAUUAUUUGUCCGGUUACAGUGGCAUAUUGAUGAUAAUGAUAUAUGCAAGAAUAAACGAUGCAACUUGUAAAAU